CGGCAGGUUUGAAUGAAGAUGGCGGCCAAAACACGGCUGACGGCCUUUCGUCGCGCCCUAGCUCCCUCCCAAAAGUUAGCGAAGAGAUUUUAUUCCCUUUCGUAGUCUAAGACAUAGCUUCAUACGUAGGAGUUGAGAAACAAACGGAGAAAAGGCUUUUGAGUGCGUUCCAACGGAAACUAGUUGACAAGUUCACUCGGCAAGUUGUAAUACUUGACUUCUCCGAGUCUUCGGGGCCUCAUAAAGGAAUUCAAGGGACAGUGAUGCAGUGGAAUCGAGUUGUGUGGACCUCACAGAGUUAGUGUGAACAGUAAACGGUACAGUAGGGCCUCGUGGGCCGCUUCUCGUCCGUCUUUCGUCGAGUUAUCGCCGCCAGUCUUCCGUCGCCGCGAUCGCGAUGACGUCAUCAUCGCGACCCGGGAUUUCGGCUCAGCAGCACAAGCCAGCCGAGGUAAGAAGUGUGUGCGUGUGUGUGUGUAAGUCGAGCGUGGAGUAAACCUGGCGGGGUUUAGCAGGCACUGGCGGCAGGCGAGGGCUCCUCCCAGCGUCUAGCGCUCCUCGUAGGGCCGCUCUGCGAGAGAAAAGAGGAGAAGAGGCGGCGGAAACCAUGGCUCACCCGCGGCUGCUUCUUGGCUCCGCUCCUUUUGUGGAAGAAGAACGGCAGGAGAAGGUACGCCUAGCAAUGCGGGCGGCGUUCCUUAGGUCCCCGCGGUGGCCUGAAGCGUUGCAUUGUGCCUUUGUUGGUGUGGUUUGGAGGGUGUGAGGGAGGGCGGUAGUGAGUCUGGAGGAGUGGCGCAGAAAGCUGCUAAUAGCUGCAGUAGGAAAGACUGUCCUGCUGGAGUGGAAAGGUGUUGAGCUAGAUGGCCCUUGAUACAGCUGGGUUGGAGCUUUUUCUGAUCUGUGCACAUGUUUUCCCUGCAGCUGUUUCGGUCGGACCUUAUCAGUGCUAUGAAAUUGCCAGACUCGCUGCAAAUGGACAGCAGUUCGUACUUCACUGUCAAGGAGGCAUGGAGGAGAGAGUGGGAGGUCGGGGUCCAGGUGUGUGUGAGUCCCGAGCAGAUGCCCAAGCCAGCUGCUAGGCUCAUUCACAAUUCACCAGAGAUUUCAAAGGACUUUAGAAUGCCACCCUCACUGUACACAGAGGAAACCACAGAGUCCCGGUAUGUGGAGUACGAUCUUGACGACAUGGACGUCAAUUGGUUGGAGCAGGUCAACCUACAGCGGAAAUUCAGAGCUCUGGCUGGACCUGAUGGAUUGUCAGAAGACACGUUCAGAGAAGCCAUCAUAGCCCUAGAGACCAAGUGUCAGCAGAACAUGGCGUGUGCGGUGGUCACGGACGAGACCCUGGGCAUUGAGUACGACGAGGAGACCGUGUGUGACGUCUGUAGAGAUAGGGAAAGCGAGGACACAAACGACAUGAUAUUCUGCGACGUGUGCAACCUGUGCGUCCACCAGGCCUGCUACGGCCUCCCCACCAUCCCCAGAGGUCGCUGGCUCUGCAAAACCUGCUCCACCGGAGAACGAGACACCCCCUGCAUGCUCUGUCUCAACAGCGGUGGGGCCCUCAAGAGAGUCAGACCUGGGAACACAAACUGGGCCCACCUGAGCUGUGCGCUCUGGAUACCAGAGGUCAAAAUUGGCAAUGCCGAGAAGAUGGAGCCAAUCACGAACACAGAAGAUAUACCAGCCAGCAGGUGGAAUCUGGUGUGUUGUGUGUGCCGGAGAAAAGGUGGAGCUUGUGUCCAGUGCUCACACCCCCACUGUGUCACUGCCUACCACAUCACCUGUGCCUUCUCCUCUGGCCUCGAGACACACACUCGUCUCGACGUGAGAAAUAAUGGAGUCAUACAUGAGUCGUACUGCCCCAAGCACUCGCCCGCUGCACCACUCCCCCACCACCAAACCCCCCAGCCACUCACCCCAGAAGAAAGACAUGAGCCACUAUUCCCAGCUCCAGCAAGUCCGCGAGCAGUUCCACACGUACACUUCUCCCGAUACUCUGGCACACUCUCUCUCCCUCCCUCCAAAGAUCUGCACUCUCCUCUACAACUACUGGAAACUCAAGAGAGCUUCGCUACACAAUCGUCCCCUCCUCUCACAUUUGCCCAUCGAGACAAUCAGUGCCGGACUGAAGGCAGAACUGGCUCUCGGCAGCCAGUACGGUCUCGAGGGCGACCCAAACUUUCUCAAAAUCAUCUACAUCCGCCAGAACCUGGAGAAGGCCAGAAACCUGGUAUACAUGGUACAGAAGAGGGAGAGAGUGAAAAAGAGGAUGUUGAACUGCCAGCAAGAAAUCCUGGAGUUGGAGUCUAGUCUCCUUGUCUCCAGUCUCCUCUCUCAUACCGAGGGAGAGUCCGGCGAUGUGUGUGUGGAGGAGACACUAGGGGCAGCAGAGGAGGAGGAGAUGGACACAACACAACAAACGCGACUGACCAGGUCCAUGAAACAAAGAGCGGUGAUAUGGCCAGUUGUGGACAACUUAAUCGAACCCCUCCCACCUCCCCCGCCCUCCCUCCUCACUCAUCAUCACGAAACCCACCAAACUCCCCCAUCUCUCCCCGAGAGCACUUUCAACCACACCCCCUCGUUAUCGUCAGAGCAUCUUCCCCGAGUGUCUCUAUCCCUUCAUCCCGUAUCUACUGCCGAAUCAUCCUCUUCCUCCUCUUCUUCCUCCCUCACCCCUGUCUCUAAUAACAGAGGUUCUCACUACUCAAGAGCUGCCGGAGACCACAUGACAUCACAUCAGGAUCAUGUGACACCUCAUUCUAGUCACAUGACCCUGAGGAGACGAGAGGGGCAAUUUGGUGUUCCCAUGGUGUCCCACGCUGUCCCGUGUUCGCUAAAUGUUUCUCAGUAUUCUGAACAAUUCAUCAGGUCCAAAGUCUGUCGUCAGGUUGUUGUUGCCAACGGCAACUGCAGCCCUCCCUCCGGGGUCAAAAGGUUAACCCAGCUCCCCGCGACCGGUUCUGAACCGGUUUUGGAAACCAGUACGACUAGUCCACCUGCUAGGAACCUGCGGUUUCGUCCUUACACGUUGGGCAAGACUUGACAUAUGUCACCUCAGAGCUGCAGUCAAUAUCAUCAAUAUUGAUAGGAGUCGUUUUUCGUUUCAUAUUAGUACAAUUAAAUAUUUGUCUUAACUCUUUAUUAUAUCAAUACCUGUUUGUUUGUUCCUUUUUCAGAAUGAUACACACCUUCUACUUUUCAAAA